AUGAGCCAGUUUGCUUCUGCGUUAGAGUCAGCCCGCACACUGACAUUGGAGGCUGCAGCCGUUGCGUCCUCCAAAUUGGGUGAAUCCUCAUAUAAGCAAUAUUCAAAAACAAUCUCGCCGAGGCAAUUGAAGACCUUGUUGAACUCGAGAAAUACAAGAGAGGUAAAGGAUGGUUUGAAAUGUUUAAUUAGUGCGAUGGCCCUAGGCGACAACACAAUUGAUGCUAAAUCCUAUUUGCCUGAUGUAGUAAAAACUGUUCAUACCGAUGAUAUGCGUAUAAGAAGGCUUGUGGCCUUGUAUCUAGUACGAUAUGCGGAGAUUGAUCAAGAUGUUGCAUUACUAGUAGUAAAUUCACUUCAGAAAUUAGUUAAUGACACCUUAAGUGAAACAAGGGCCUUUUCAAUAAAGUCUCUCGUUGAUAUGAGACUAAAGUCCCUCGAACCUAUAAUAAUUCAUGGUAUGCGCAAAAGUGUUUCUGAUCCAUCAGCAAUUGUGCGAUCUGAAGUUGCAUAUACAAUCGCUAAGAUCUACACAUCUGCCUAUGAGGAUUUUCAAGAUGAACUUGAAAUCACAUUGAAGGAAUUACUGGCUGAUAGCGAUCCCACAGUAAUUUCUUCCGUGAUAGUUGUUUUUUAUCGACACUUCUUGGAUCAUUUAGACUGGCUCCAUGGUCAUUUCAGAAGGUAUUGUAAUAUACUUCAUGAACUGGACUCGAACGCUCAGAUAUAUAUGAUAACUUCAUUGACGCUGUAUUCCAAGAGGUAUAUUCCAAAGCCACUAUUAAGAAACUCUGAAAAUGAAAAGGAGAGCAUGCCAUUACCAGAUGACAUCCAAGAAAUUAUAUAUACGGCAUUUACGAUUGAAAAUGAUCCUGACCUUGAUCUACUUCUAUCUGGAAUAAGAAAGCUGAUAUAUUCUGAUAAUUUUGCUGUUUUGCUUACAUGCUGUCAGGCUAUUUUACAACUUUCGACACCAGGCUCCUUGAGAAGGACCAAAUUCCCAGAAGUUAUUGCCAAUCUGAUUAAUAACUCGAGAACUAAUGGCAGUAUCAAAAGUUUAAUAUUGCAGAAUAUAUUAUUGAUGUCAACUGUGGAUCCGCAAAUAUUUACACCAUACUUUAGGCAGUUUUUUCUUUAUCCAACUGAUAACAUUGUUACAGCAGAGUUCAAACUUAAGGUCUUAUCAUCUUUGGUAACGGAGGAAACGAUUGAUAGCGUUGCAACAGAGAUUAGGCGCUACGUUUACGACGACUUAGCACAGAAUAUAAAAAAGGAAGCUAUGAUUGCUCUUGGGAUAUGUGGUCAACUCUCAGAACUUUGGGAAUCAAAAAUACUAAAGUGGCUUCUGAGAUUCUUAACAUAUCAAAAAUUAGAUAAAAAUUUAAUGGAUACAGCCGUUGAUGUGAUUAGAGUACUUCUUCAUUCUAAUCCAAGGUCUCAUAUCAAAACAGUAUUGGAACUAAGUACAUUAUUAGAGUCACAGGAUACCCUACAUGAUAAAGCUAGAUCUGGAAUAAUAUGGCUUUUUGGAGAAAUUGCUAGGGUUGAAUUUUCAGUAUGCCCAGAUGUACUACGGAAGUUGACAUUAAACUUUGCUCAAGAAGGGAGAUAUUCAAGGCAUCAAAUUUUACUAUUGGCAGCAAAAUUACUUUCUUAUGAUAUAAGCGCGAACACCACUGGAGAUGGGGCAUAUGACUAUUCAAAAUCAAGAUUGUAUCAGAUAUUCAAUACACUUAUUUACCUUGCCAAAUAUGAUGACGAUUUUGAUAUAAGGGAUAGAGCGCGUAUGCUUGGUUCACUUUUUCAUGAAGAUAAGCUACAAAUAGGUACUCUACUUCUUCAAGGCACAAAGCCGGAACCGCAGCUUUUCCCAUCAAAUUAUAGAAAUAGAGAUGGAAGUGAAGAUCAGAAUGUGAAGAGCCUCAUUUCCUAUGGGGUUUCAUCAUCGCUAAUAAAUGCCUACCUCUUUAGAAAGUGGGAAUACUCACCUGACCCUGUAUCAGAAAAUCAAGAUAUCAGAGAGCCCACACCUACUAAAGACUACCGUAAAUAUUAUACAAGCAUAUCCUCAGACAGUUUUAAAGGAAGAGAUACAAUUUCUAAUAAUGCAUUCUCAUCAUCUAUUGAUAGGAAUAAAGACUUUGAGGCAAAACCUUCCAAAGAUUCAACUUAUGUUUCGAAAAGGGGACAAAAAUAUAAGCUACAAAGUUUAGAGGAAUUUUUCUCAGAUAUACCUGAGCAGCCGAACAAGAAGUCUCUCAACCAAAGUAUUGAUAAUUCCACGGGGGACAAGAAGCCUCAUAUUUCAUCUGAAGAAGAGGAUACUGAAGAAGAAAGUGAUGAAGGUAGUAAUUCAGAAUCAGAGACUGGAGAAGAUGACUUAGACAGUUCAGAGGAGUACACAGAUGACUCUUCAGAUUGA